GUAGGAGUGCUUUGUCUAUGUUUGAUCAACAUAGCAUUUCAAGGUCUUCUCUUUUCUCCAAACCAUGGCCAUUUUGGCUGACAGCUACAGUUCAAAGUUUUCUCCUUGCAAGAGUCAGUCGCGCUAACAGACUACGCAGCUUAUUUUAUAAUGGAACCGGAACACUGGUCAUUCUGGGACACACAAAGACUAGAAGACGAAUACUCGCCCAGCAAAUGGUCUCGUAGAGGGCCAGCUGAUUGGGUUUUUGAUAACCAUGUUAAACUUGUCACUCAAGUUAGUAACCAAGUAAAGGAGGAAAUUCAGUGUGACUUGGACAUUCCUUAUGGCGAACGCGAAGGAGAAAAAUUUGACAUUUUUGGAGCUCAGCUCUUGCCCAACGAUGCUCCUGUAUUUGUAUACAUCCAUGGUGGCUACUGGCAGGCAUUGGACAGGAGCAUUUCCUCUUAUAGUGUGACUCCACAAUUCAAGGCUGGGCAUAUCGUUGUUGUUGUUGGAUAUGAGUUGGCUCCAAAAGUUGGACUUAAGGACAUUAUAUUGGAGAUUCAAUCAGCAAUAUCAGCUGUUCUGAAAUGGGCAGCAGAGAGGGGUUCAAGGUCUGUGGUGAUUGCAGGGCACUCUGCUGGUUCCCACUUGGCAUCAAUGUUACUUCAUGACCCUCAAUGGCAAAAAAAUGAGCCCCAUUUGGAUUUGCUGCAUGGCAUGGUACACAUUAGUGGAGUGUUUGAUGUGAUUCCACUAGUGGCAACCUCCAUGAACCUACCUCUAAAUUUAGACAAUGAAACAGCCAAGUUGAUGAGUCCUCUACAUUGCUUUAACCAGUCUAUGGAAAAAGUUCUUAACAUCAAGCAACUUUUGGUCGUUGGAGAAAACGAUCCUACGGAAUUCAAACGUCAAACGUCAACAUACGCACAGGCACUGCUUCGAGCAGGAUUCACUGACGUCCACUGUAAAAUGAUGGAAUCAUUGGACCAUUUCAAUAUAGUGGAAGAAUUACGAAACGAAGAUUAUGAGCUUACUCGAUUGAUAGUUAAGCUAAUAAGUUAAGCUUAGAAGUUUAGCUUCCGUCAUGACGAAAUUUUUCAAUAGAUUAUCGUCAUCCCUAAUAACAACAUUACGCAAAUCAAAAAUUCUUUAAGUGAUGCCGUACCCAUUUACAAACGAUUGAUUAAAAGAUUAAUCAAUUAAGGGUAAUUUAUUAGUAAGGUGUCAUGUGCCUUUUGGCAUAAAUGUCGUCACUGGAAUACAUACAUUUUUCUAAUCA